GCGGCCUAGCGCGGCCUCCCCGCCGGGCUCGGCCAUGCGGGCAUGGGCGCGCACGCUGCGGGCGGCCGGGCCCUUCCGCUGGGCCGCUGCCCGUCCCGUGGCAGUCCGAGCAGCGCACCGUGGGCAGAGCGAGAGGCCUCAGGGACGCAGGGCCGAGCUGCCCUCGGGACCGGACCUGAGGCACUUCCUAAGGGGGGCCGCCGCGCCGCCGCCCGCCGGGGAGCCAGAGCCGGAGCCGGGCUCUACCUCCGGUCUCGGGAAAGUGUACCUGGAGACCUAUGGCUGCCAGAUGAAUGUCAAUGACACGGAGAUUGCUUGGGCUAUCCUGCAGAAGAGCGGCUACACCAGGACAAAGGAAGCAGAUGAGGCGGAUGUGAUUCUACUUGUGACCUGUUCUGUUAGGGACAAGGCUGAGCAGACUAUCUGGAACCGCCUGCAGCACCUCAAGGCUCUGAAGGCCCGGCGGCACCAGGCGUGCUUGCCUCUCCGCAUUGGGAUUCUAGGAUGCAUGGCUGAGAGGCUUAAGGAGGAGAUUCUGCAUAGGGAGAAGCUGGUCGAUAUUGUGGCAGGUCCGGAUGCAUAUCGGGACCUUCCCCGGCUGCUGGCCAUGGCUGAAUCUGGGCAGCAAGCUGCUAAUGUCCUGUUAUCACUAGAUGAGACUUAUGCAGAUAUUCUGCCUGUCCAGACUAGCGCAGGUGGCAAAACAGCAUUUGUAUCCAUCAUGCGGGGCUGUGACAACAUGUGUAGCUAUUGCAUUGUGCCCUUCACCCGUGGCCGUGAAAGGAGCCGCCCCAUUGCGUCCAUCCUGCAGGAAGUGAAGAUGCUCUCAGAUCAGGGAGUGAAAGAAGUGACCCUUUUGGGUCAGAAUGUCAACAGCUUCCGAGACAUGUCUGAGGUGCAGUUUCAGUCAGCUGCUGCCCCAGUCCUCAGUCGUGGCUUUAGCACUGUCUACAAAACUAAACCAGGAGGCUUGCGUUUUGCACACCUUCUAGACCAGGUCUCUAGAAUUGAUCCAGAAAUGAGGAUUCGUUUCACUUCUCCACACCCCAAGGAUUUCCCUGAUGAGGUCCUGCAGCUUAUCCAGGAGCGACACAACAUCUGCAAACAACUUCACCUCCCAGCCCAGAGUGGGAGCACUCGAGUCCUGGAAGCCAUGCGACGGGGAUACACAAGAGAAGCAUACUUAGAGCUUGUACAGCAUGUGCGCAACACCAUUCCAGGAGUGAGUUUAAGCAGUGAUUUCAUUGCUGGUUUCUGUGGGGAGACGGAAGAAGAUCAUCAGCAGACUGUGUCCUUGCUGAGGGAAGUCCGCUACAGCAUAGGCUUCCUCUUUGCUUAUAGCAUGAGACAGAAAACCCGGGCGUAUCACCGGCUGCAGGAUGAUGUGCCUGCAGAUGUAAAACAGAGGCGACUGGAGGAGCUCAUCACUGUCUUUCGAGAGGAGGCUGCAAGGGCAAAUGAGGCAAUGGUGGGCCAGUCCCAGCUGGUGCUGGUGGAGGGGCCCAGCAAGCGCUCUGCCUCUGAGUUGUGUGGGAGGAAUGAUGGCAACAUCAAGGUGAUCUUCCCUGAUGCCGACACAGAGGAUGCUGGGGGCUGCAAGGCUCUGGUCAGAGCCCAGCCUGGGGACUAUGUUUUGGUGAAGGUAACCUCUGCCAGCUCUCAGACCUUGAAGGGAGUUCUGCUCUGUCGUACGACCCUCUCCCGCUCUGCAGCUUGUCAUUGAGGUAUCCCUGCUGCCAGUGGGCAGCGGGCAGAAGUAGCUCAUUUUCUCUAGGAAGAAGUGAGGAAAUUUCCUCAAGUGGAGAUGGGGCAGAAACAGGAUCUAUUUAUUUUUUUUCUGUAUUUGGGUCUCUCUCCCAUUUGGCAACAGUAUGCCCCUUCUAUAUGUGUGCAAGUUUAUGAAAUGGGAUGGAAGCUAUGCAUUUGUGUGCCAAACCCCAGUACUGUGUGAUUUGGUGCUUUCACUUGCUGUCAGGCCUGGCUCACCUUUGCAGUGCUGCAGGUUUGUCUUCUGAUCAUGUCCUCUAAUGCAGCCCAGCCCUGAGAACUUUGUCUGCAGAGCAGGUCGUUGCUUCUAACCCAGCUGAAUAUAGGAGCUGCAAAGACUGAUAGCACCUGGAAAACAGAACUCCAGUAACUUCCAGAGAACCACGGGAGAACUGCCAAAGGAUACAGAUUACUUCAAGAACAGGAUAAGAUUGUGAUGAAUUCUUUCCAAAUAAUGAUAACCUCCUCAAUUGCAAAAUACUUGGGAAAUAAGACCCUGCACUGUGCCUACAUGAUGGAAUGUAGCACCAAAUUAUGAAAUAUAAAAUGCUUGUUAAUGAA